CUUUUUCCUUAUCAAUUUUUUCAUUUAAGGUACUUGCUUCUACUCUUAUACCUCCUCAUACUCGUUGUUUUCCAUUAAUCAGUAGAUAUAUUCACCGGUUCUUUGACUAAUGAUGAUGUUCUUAUAUACUAAUACCAAAUUUGGGGGUUAUUGUUAGGGUUUUACUUGCUGUUAUAAAUCAGUGCAUAUAUAUUGUGACGAGUGAUCCACUUGAAAUCAUGCUAUUACUUCGAAAAUUUAAUAUUAUUACUUGAGAAACGUGCGAAGGAAACAAUUGAUUUAUACGAGAAAGGCGCAGUACGGUAUGUUGUGCUCUAAUUGUAGAAUUCGUUUCUGUAUUCUAAGUACUUAUGGUUGUAAACAAUGAAAGAUGGAGUUCUGAUGCCAAUGUGAUGUAGAGAAUUUCAACCUUGCUUGCACGUAAAUUGUUAUUUUGUCGGGGAUCAUUCAAUGAGAGAUAGCUGAGUGUAUACUUGCUUUAACCUUUAAGUAGCCCGAGCAAUAAUCACUGCUGAGUGUCACCAUCUUGACUCGAGGGUUGACCAUGCUUCAUUGUCUAAGGUCAUCACAGGCCGCGACAGCCGAAAACGUUCAUGCUCUACCAUUUAAUGGGAAUUCAGCUGAUAUAACUUCCAGAUCGGGAUCUCAAGCUUCUCCAUCGGUUAGUCUAACCAACGAGUAUGCAUUGGCAUUGCAAACCAGCUCCUACAGCGAGAUACGUACUCUUCUUGACAUAGAAACCGAACGAUCAGAUGAGAUUACGCAGGACCAACUCUUGGCGCAGGUUCUUCGUCCAAACCGGGAGUUUGUUGAAGAAGUUCUUCAACGUGCCAAGCCCAGUUUUGUGACCAAUCUUCUCUGGUCAUUCUUUGACCAUAGUGAGAACAAGGCUCGCAUGUGCCUCGAUCUAACUCAAGCCAUCAGACGGGUCCGCACCCUGAUCUCCCCUUUACAAGACCUCCUCCUCGUUCUUCCUCUCAACUCUGAAACCGACGCCCUCUCCUCACCCCAACGUAACCGAGCCUUCGAUCUUCUCCUUAAAUAUGAACAACUCGAAAACCCCUUUCCCGACCCCGGGUCCCGCAAUGUGCGCGGCAUGCGCCACUGCUUCUCCGACCUCAAGGAUCAGCUUGAGAGCAGAAUCAACAAGUCGUACUCCCGUAUUCGUUGGCUUCGACGGGUCACCAUCGGUUCUGCCAUUUGCUUAAUUGGUACAACUGUUGGUGCAGUCAUAGCUGGAGUGGUCAUCGCUAGUCAUGCACUUAUUGCUCUUGCUGCAACCAUGUUUUUCCCAGCAUUUAUCCCUUCCAAAAUGGAGAAAAAAGAGCGUACUCUUCAGGCACAGUUAGAGGCUGCACAAAAGGGGAGUUAUGUCCUCCAUGAAGAUAUAAUUACCAUCGAACGUCUUGUGAAUCAUUUGUAUUCCGAGAUCGAGGGUAACAAACGGUUCAUUCACAGUGGUUUAUGGAGGGGCAACGACAAGCAUUCGAUUCUGGAGGUGUCACGGCAGCUGCGAAGGAACAAUUUAUAUUUCCAAAAGCAGCUUACUGAUCUUGAAGAACACUUGUGUCUCAGCUUCGCUGCAAUAAAUCGUGCCAGUAAUAGCUCAAUCGAGAUUGACCAACCUACAGAAGCAUUUCUACAGCUUUUGACCGUGGAGGUUUUACCAGAUUCUGCUGCAGCUAGUGAGAUUCAAGAUAUGUACAUUGGUUUAAUUUGUUGGCUUAUAUUAUCUGUUUGCUGAGUAGAUGCUUGGUGUUGAAGAAGCCAAAAGAACAGGGCAAGCUUCCAUUAACACUCUUGAUUAUAGUUGAGGUAACGUUCGCUAAAUUACUUUUGCUCGAGAUCUUAAGCUGCUAUUUGAGUCGAGUCACACGACUUGUUGAACUUACGUCUAGUGUUCCAUGCUCUGAAUAACUCUUCCGGAACAAGGUUUUGUCCGUUGCCAUUAGGAACAAUGGGUAAUGAGUAGAGAAAAUGAUCAUAAACAUAAGUUGCAAGUGGAAGUUGGUUGGCUUGAUCCAUCCUGUUAAUAGAAAGGCCAGUCCUGAGCUCGAAAAUCUAUAGAUACAGACAAGGUAAUGGUCAUUUCUAGCAUCUUGUAGGGCUAUUUGGU